AUGAAAUCAAUCCUUGACAACACACUAAGUCAAUCUGUCAUAAAUACACAACUACUAAGUGAAAACAAAACUGACUGUAAACAUUUAUUUCAACCGCAUAAAUUAAAAAGGCCUCUUCAAAAACAGCAGCAAGCAGCAAAAUGCAAUAAUUUAUUAAAAUUACCACGCAUUGAAAAGAAUACUGUAAAUAAUCGUAACCAUGGUAACAGUUAUACAAGUAAAGCAGUAAAACAAACCAACACUUCAUUUAUUGUAACAUGUCCAACGGAUUAUUUUAAAAAAUUAAAUGAGAUUAAACAAAAAGAGAUAUUGCUUCAAAAGAAAUUGGACGAAAAGAAAAAAUCCUUAUUGAAAAGAAAUUUAAUCAGUAAUCAAAAUAAUGAAUUGAAACAUUUAAAAAAUAAGAGCCAAUUCAAUACAAACAAUACUUUGAAAUGUAAACUAAAUGAAGAAUUUGGCAGUAGUAAUAUUAAAAAUGGUAUAAUUAGUAACACGAAUAAUGAUAAUGAUGAGGAGAGUGAUGCGGUUGAAAGAAUGGAAGAAGGUCAAUUGAAUGAGAAUGAUAAACUAUCGAGAAAUCUUGACAAAUUUGCUCGACAAUCAACGGAGAGUGUGAGCAGAUUGAGAUGGACUACUGAUGAUAGUAGUAUUAGUAAUAUUAGUACUAGUAGUGAUAACAGUGGUAGUAGCAGCAGUAGCAGUAAUAGUAGUAGUACUAGUGCUGGUGAUACUGUUGAAAAGCCUUCAUCAGCAUCAUCAACAACAGAACAAAUUGUUGACAAUAUCUUUCCAGUGCAAAGUCGACUUUCAACAUUAAUUGAAAAUGUGCUAACUCGUCAAAAUGUCUCGAAACGCAUAGCUCGAACGGGGACAGGGUUUAGUUGUGUCCCACCAAGACGUAUACACUCAUUAAGUAUUAUUAAAGAGGAUCCAAUGAUGAAAUUAAUCGGUCGACAUAUUAAUCAUUCAUUAGGCUUUAAAGUCUGUGAAAAGACAGAUUCGUUAAUAGUUGAACCGGAUUAUGAAUUGAUGCAUAAUGUUAAUGUUUUAUCAAAAUAUGAAGCGAAAUAUGAAGCCAAUAAGAAGAAAAGUCAAGAAGAGUCAAAACCUGAACGUAAAAGGACUGAAACCAGUGAGAAGUUUUCUAUACCAUCGAGAAAGCAAAUAUCAUUGUUAGACAGUUCUGCACCACUCGAUUCAUCUUCUUCUUCUCAAUCAAUGAAUAUUAUGCAUGAUGAACUUCAAGGACAAGGACAAAAAGUUGACCAAUGCAAAAUUCGAUACUAUUUUAAUCCUGUUCUACAAAUUCAUCCUAAUCAAGAAGUAUGGUUAUCAAAAAAGUGUAGAAAACAUAAAUCGAAAGUGUUCAGUGAACAAGACAGCAGUCAUCAUGAUAAUAACGAUGAUGAUGAUAUUGAUGAUAAUACCACUGAACACAUUGAUCAAAUUGAUGAUAGUUUAAAACAAGAUAAUGAUGAAAAUAUUGAACAUGUUGAAUCCAACAUUAUAUCGUCAUCAUCAGCGAACAUUGAAGAGGAGGACGAGAACCAGAAGCAGAAGGAAGAGGAGGAGGAGAAGGACGAGGAGAAACACGACGAAGUAGGUAGAACAGACGAGAGUGAAUCACUACCAGCUAUGGAAGAAAAUACAAAUCAAACUCCUCACCACGAACACCGUCGUUUGACGUUAGAAAAAAAAUCAAUAGAUCUGAAGUCAUCUGAUGAAAAACAACCUACAGUCUACCGGUUAACGUCAUCAUAUGAAUAUAUGCAUCAAGAAGAGGAGAAUAAAACAACCUCUUCAUUUGAAUCAGACAAGACUACUGAUAGGAGAACUGUCAGUAGUGUAUGUAGCAGUGGGAAAAGUACUUCAACAAGUACACCUGACAAUAAACUUCAAAGUAUUACUCCUUCCAAAUCGGAUAGCUUAACUCUACCGAAAUUAUCAGUACAACAAGGGGAAAAAAGGUGUUCGCCUAAUUAUUAUAACCAUGAAGGCAAUAUUAUUCAUAGAAGAGAAAGUAAAUUAUUCACCAACCGCAGGAGUACAGAAAUUGAUUUUGCUAAAGUAUUUGAUCAUCCAAAUCCUAUUGUAUGGUUUGAAUAUUUAGGCGAUCAUCGUCUCGGUGAUCCGUAUAUUCAACCAAAUGUUGAACAUGAAAAGUUGGUUGCACAAUUCAAUCUGAAAGGUUUAAAAAAGCGGUUCACUUCUGUCUCCGGUGGUUUAAGUGAAUUAAAACAACACUUGGCAAAAGGUUUUCAAAUUCAUCCAAAACCUGAAACACUGAUUAAAUGUGCUAUCAAUAAUGAAAUAUUACAAUUACCAAUGGCAAAUAUUACUGAUUCAAAAACUAUUAAAAAUAUUUGUCAAUUUAGUAUAAUUAAAUCACCAAUUCUAAUGAAAAUGUUGCUAAGACAUCGUGAAAUCCUGCCGAGGGAUUUACAAGAAUUUUUAAACAGUAUUAUGGAGUUGACUGAAACGAGUGGUGAAAUGUUGGCGUCAAUAACAAAUUCACCGACAAGACUAGCCAAUCUAAUUCAAUUAGCCAAGGAAUUAAACUCUACGGCGUUAAUAACCAAUGGUACAUUGAAACAGAACACUGGAAAAGACACAGCUGAUGAACAACAACAUCAUGAGCACGGAGACGCAGACGGAGAAGGAGAAGCCGGGAAACAUCGAAAAGCUGAACAAGCUGAUCUCGUCAAUACUACUACUACUACCACUGAAGAGGCUGUUGACUGGAAAUUCACUUCAAGACACGAACCACGCCCCUCGUUAUUAUCAAAUUUGACAAGAAAUUCACAAUUAUCAAAAAUUUCAAAUAAUUCUUUAAAACUAUUGAAAAAUGCUAAUUUAAAACAAUUUAGUGAUUUAGGCGGUAUAAACGAGGAAUAUAAUGAGGAGAAAAAUUACUCUGGUUGUACAAAUUAUUCACGAGAAGAAGAUAUUGACAAAGCGUUCUAUACAGUGUUACGUAAUCCAGCGCAGACAAUCCUAGAAGAGAUCGCUUUAAGAUUCCCUGAAUUCUCUAUAUACAUUCAACCGUUAUUCGAGUAUCGUUGGUCGACAAUUGAAGAGGAAUUCAUUGAAAGUAUACCAGAGAUAGAAAGACAACGAAACAGGUUUACAAUGAUUAAUGAUUUAACUAGAAAUACGGUGAAUAAUGCUGACGAUGCGAGUUAUCUUCAAGAAGAGAUAAACACCAAACUGUCAGCAGUAUCUUUACCAAAUGAAGUAGUGAAUGAGAAUUUAUUAGAAGAAACUGCACCAAAAAGGCAUCGUUCGUCAGCAGCACUCUCAUCGGCGGCGGCGGCUGGGGCAGUGACGAUGAACUCAACGACAAAAACACGACAGAAACAGAAACCGCAUAAAUGUGAAUUAUUCAAUCAACCAAUUGUAGCUGAUUUAUGCAUAUUCCUGUUGAAACGUUUCCUUCUACUAAUCAAUACGGCGAAUUCACAAUCUCCAGGACAUACACUAUGGAAUGAUUUAUUGAUUUGUAUACAUAUGUCCAAUUAUUAUCCUCAGCUAACGGACAUUUUAGUUAAUGAACUGGACAAUUGGUUACCACUGUUAAUUAUUGGCCUGGAAAGUUCUUAUGCAUCAGUACGUGAAGAGAUCUGUUGUAUCCUCGCCUAUUUAGUCUGUUCAUAUCGAUUGAUGAUGCGUUUACAUGUGGUUAGUAAACACUUAUUAGUGGCAAAUAUCACACUGAGUAUUCUAUCAGCUAUGGGACAAUAUCCAGAGUCGUAUACAUUUUAUCAUAGUCUACUUGGUUAUAUGCUACAUUCCAUACCGUGUGUAUCAAUUCUUGACUGUUUGUUACUAUGGUUACCGACAAUCAGUAAUAAUAAUGAUAAAAAUAGUAUUAGUAAUAAUAGUAAUCAUAUAAUUACAAGAGAUUGGUGUUUAUUUGUCUAUUAUGUAUUGAAACAUUGGCCAAGGAAUCCAUUCUAUUUAGACAGUACGUAUCAAAGACGCUUAGUACAACCAUUAGAGAAUAGUUAUUUGAAUAAAAUAUCAAAGCAUACAGGACGAUUAGCAUUGUGUCAUUUAAUACGUACAUGUAAGGUGAAAAGUGUUAUUGUCACUUGUUGGCCAGAUGACGAGUAA